GGUCAUCACCAGUAGUUCUAGUAAAAAAGAAGGAUGGCACUCAUAGAUUUUGUGUAGAUUUCACAAAACUAAACGCAAUAGCAAUACGAGAUCAUUUUCCAUUACCUCGCAUUGAUGAUAUAUUUGAUCAACUCUCAGACUCGCAUUUUUUCACUACACUUGACUUUAAAUCUGGUUACUUCCAAGUACCGCUUGAUAAACGAGAUCGUUCAAAGACUGCUUUCUCAACACGAGACAGUCGAUAUCAAUUUACAGUUCUACCUCAAGGCAUCACAAACGGCCCGCCUACGUUCCAACGUAUCGUUAAUAAUAUUCUAGGUAAUUCGAGGUGGAAAUAUAGUUUAGUUUAUCUCGAUGAUGUCAUUAUAUAUUCAUCAUCAUUCAAUGAACAUUUGGAACAUCUUGAUGACAUUUUAAUUCGUUUGAAUACAGCGAACUUUCCUUUAAAUAUCGACAAAUGCAAAAUAGCGCAAUCGACAAAUAAAUUUUUAGGUCAUCAAAUAGAUCACGGUAAUAUCAAACCAGAUCAUGAAAAAAUCCAAGCUCUUCUUGCCACUAAUGAACCAAAUACGGCUAAAGAAGCAUUCAGAUUCGGUAAAGCUGCUGAAUACUAUCGGAAAUUUAUUCGUGAAUUUUCUCUAAUCGCACUUCCACUUUACAAAUAUGCACCACGGACGAAACAACAAGGUAAACGACCAUCUUCUCAGAAGAUUACUUUAUCAGAAGAGGAUCGGAAAGCAUUUAACGAAUUAAAGAGAAUUCAUACUACAGAUCUUAUUCUUCGUAUUCCAAAUAAUAAUUUAGAAUUUAAAUUGCAAACUGAUGCUCCUGAUGAUGGUAUAGGAACAGUUUUGUUACAGACAUAUCCUAUUGGUGGUCUUCCUCUUGUUUACUACUCACAAAAAUUUUCUCCGACACAAAAAAGAUGGUCUACAACUGAGAAGGAAUGUUUUGCAAUUCUGUCGUCAAUCGAAAAAUGGCAUAAAUACCUCGACGGACAAGAAUUCAUAUUAGAAACGGACCAUAAACCAUUGUUGCAACUGAACAUCCAAGCGCAGCAUAAUGCCAAGUGUGAACGAUGGAGACUAAAAUUACAACAAUAUCGUUUUAAAAUAAAACAUAUAAGAGGUAACGAAAAUACAAUGGCUGACUAUCUAUCACGAUCUCCAAUUGGAAAUUAUCAAGAGGAUAUUGAUGAUUUCCCUACACAACUAUCUAAAUCUACACAAACAGACCAUCUACGUCCUACCAUAACGACUAAUGCUGUUACUACUAGAGCUACAACAGCACGGAUAAAUUCAUUGGGUAAUAAGGAUGGUUCAUCGACUCGGAUAUUCACUCGAACAAGUAAAAAACACCAUACUAAUAAGAAUAUACAAAAAUAUAGGGACGCCCGUGAUAAUGCGGAGCUGUCUCAUCCUUCCACUCAAUUGCCAUCCAUACCACAUACUGAUCCAAUUCCUUCAUUCACGUUGGAUGAUAUUGUAAGCCAACAAAGAUUGGAUGUGAGUGUGCAACAUAUAAUACAAAAUAUUGAUAAGUAUAAAAAGUAUUUCGUCGAUAACGGCAUGUUGAUGCGUCAACAAACAUAUUCUCUAUCACCUGUUCCAUAUAUUUCAGAUCAUAAGCUUCGUGUUAAUAUCAUUAGAAUAUAUCACGAUACACCUGCUAAUGGCACUCAUUUUGGCAGAUUUAAAACUACGAGGAAAAUUCAAGAACGUUUCUAUUGGCCUUCAAUAACAAGAGAUAUUCGUCUUCAUAUACGAUCAUGCAUUCCGUGUUUACAAAAUAAUCAUCAGCGCAAGAAAAGUCCGGGUUUAUUAAAGCCAAUAACACCACCGGAAGGUGUUUGGCAAUUGGUGGCUAUGGAUUUUCAUGGACCAAUCGUACCAUCCAGUCGAGAGGGUCACAAGUAUAUCAUAUCGAUAACCGAUAUUCUAUCUAAAUAUGUUAUUACAAAGGCGGUUCGAGAUUGUACCGCUCUCACUGCUAGUAAGGUCGUGAUUCAUGAUGUUAUCCUCAAAUAUGGUACACCUUGCGCGAUUCUCACUGAUCGAGGCACGCACUUUACGGCUGCGAUUAUGGCUGAAAUUUUUAAACAACUAGGCGUAAAACAUAUAUUUGCAACUUCUUACCAUCCAUCUACUAACGGUCAAAUCGAACGUUAUAACGCUACGAUGGAUGCAAAAAUCGCAGCAUUGAGUAACGAUCGACGUAGUGAUUGGAAUGAGAAACUACCUUUUGUUACUUUUAACUACAAUACUACUAUUCAUGCUACAUCAAAUAACAUUCCAUUUAACAUGAUGUACGGGCGCUCACCUUUACUGCCAUUUGAUUAUCAUAAUGGAAUGGUAUCGCUACCUUCGGAAACAACAUAUGUGCAUGAGUUGAAUAAAUAUUUGUCUAUGAUUACCAACAAUGCAAGAGAUCACAUCCUAAAUCAACAAACAAAAUAUAAAAUACGAUAUAAUUCAAAUCGAUCAAAUCCUGAUUACAAAAUCGAAGAUAUAGCAUUGAUAAAGAAUAUACAUACUCGUCACAAAUUUGACAUACGAUAUGAAGGACCAUAUCGAAUCAUCAGGAAACUCGCUUCGAAGACAUAUAUCGUACAACACAUGGCUCAAAAUGUUAACAAACAUUCAUCAAACUUCCAUACCUUAGAUAGCGCAAACAAGGAAAAAUAUAUUCAUCAAUGUGUAAUCUCUACAAUACAGAAUAAUAUGAAAGUUAAUGUUUAUCCAAUGCUUCAACCAUUAACUUCAUUUUCUAUCUACUUCAUUAAUCAUACAACAUCCGAACCCACUAUAGAUUAUUUAAUUGAAAAUGCUACGCAAUCGAAAGUGUUUAGCAUAAAUACUAACAACAAUAAUGUAUCGAAGAUGCGAGCCUUAAUUCAAAUUGGCAGCGUUCACAAUGUGUCUAUUUUAAUGUUAUUUGAAUGUUGUAGUUUACCUAAACAAGAUUCUCAUUUAUUUUAG